AUGAUCCCGAACGUGCAGAAGAAUGUUCCCGUCAUUAUAUCCCCGCUGGGGGAACUCGAAAUCAGCUGGAAUGACGCCUCCGCGGCCCACCCCCAGGGAUUGAAGGAGGAGGAGGAUCUCCCGAGGGGUUUCUAUGGCCAUGACUUGUAUGUAGACAAGGUCUCGUCUUGUGGAGACCCAAUGAGGGUCAACUGGACUAUAAGGGACAUCCAUCCACCCAAUAUGUGGAAGUUCACCACCUUCGGAAACUUCUCAUUUAUGCUGGAGGGACUUGUCGUGGAGGGCCAAAAAGUACUGUUCAGAACUGAUGUAGUGCAAAUACUGAACGGUUCUUACCAUCACAGAGGGUCAUUGGUGAGAGAGGACGAGGUGACGACCUUCACGGACUGGAUUAGUUCCUGCAAUAGCCACAAUUCUGCUACUUCUUAUUCUCCGGCAGCUGGCAUGGAUGCAGGAGUGAUUGCAGGAGUGGUGAUAGCAGUGAUUGCUUUGGCAAUUGUCAUUAUAUUGGUGGUCAUAGCACGUGUAAAGGGGCUGUUCUGCUUUGCAGACAGGGUGAAGACACGGGGGGAGUCUCUGGCACGCAUCGACUCAGAGAGUCCAAAUCCAAUUCUAGAUGGAACUGUGAACCCAGCAGCAGAUAUUCACAAGUCCUCAGAAGAGACAGCCAGGGAAAAUGGCCACCAGGAAUCAAAUUCAAAUGGCAAGAUGAAUGGACACAAGGAUGAUAUUCCCAUCCCUAAAGACACUCCUAUAAGACAUGGCAAACCUACAUACAACUUCUCCACACAUGUGCCUCUGGGUAGUAGCAAGACGGAGAGUGCAGACCGAGCCCCUGCUCAUGGUAAAGGAGGGAAGCCACUUGCAAGUCGACUCUCUGAUCUCUACAAUCGUGUCACCAAUCCCAAAAAGGAGAAGAAGAAGGACAUGGCAGAUGUGGAGGCUGCUAAGAAGGAAGUGCCGCUGACUGAGAAGGAGAAGAAGCAUGGGGAAUCAGAAGGGGAAGAGGAGAAAAAGGAAAAGGAGGGUGUUGUAUAUGCAGAAUUGGAUCUGAAAGAGAGUGGAAAGAAGUUCCCUCCAAAGAAAACAAGUCCCGGGGAGAGUACAGAAUACGUGGAGAUUGUGGGAACCGUCCCACCGCCACCACCUUACUCUGAACCCCCUAAAUAA